UCCUUUCCUCCGCCAUCACGUGCUGUGUGUCAAACUCGGCUUCUCACUAUGUCUUCUCACAAGACUUUCAGAAUCAAGCGGUUCCUGGCCAAGAAACAAAAGCAAAACCGGCCUAUUCCUCAAUGGAUCCGGAUGAAAACUGGUAACAAGAUCAGGUACAACUCCAAGAAAAGACACUGAGGAGAACGAAGCUGGGACUGUAAGGAUUCAGAGUGG